GUUCUACCCAGAAGACCAAAAUGGAUCACUGGAAUGGAAACUUGAGAUCCUUUCUUUCUCGACCAGAACCUUCUUUUAACUUCCUCUACAGCUAUAAUUAUGACCAGUAUCCAGGUACGGAGAUCAAGCAUCCAGGUGGGGCAAUAGGGGGAGAGACGGCGCAUGGAGUGGUUCCGGCAGGCACGGAGAAGAAUAGAUACGGGAUGAACCAGGAGAAGAAGAAGAGACUGACGAACGAGCAGUUGUUGUCCCUGGAGAGGAGUUUCCAGGAGGAGAUCAAGCUUGACCCAGAUAGGAAAAUGAAGCUGUCGCGGGAGCUUGGGUUGCAGCCGAGACAAAUCGCAGUUUGGUUUCAGAACAGACGAGCUAGAUGGAAAGCUAAGCAGCUUGAGCGCUUAUACGAUUCUCUUAAACAGGAGUUCGAUGUUAUCUGUAGAGAAAAAAUGAAGCUUCAAGAAGAGGUGAUGAAACUGAGAGGGAUUCUAAGAGAGGAAGCGAGGAAGAAACAAGUAUCAGCAGGUUACACGGAGACAUCGGGGGAGGAGACGGUAGAAAGUGCGUCAGUUGGGUCAGGAUCAGGGAAGAAGGCAAGAAGAAUCAAGCAACAGAUACAGAUGGGUGAUGAUCAUCACUGCAAUUAUAGCCUUUUCAAUAUCGAUGAAUAUAACCCUCUUCCUGUAUCUUCAUCUUAUAAUAAUAAUAACUGGCCUCCUCCUCCUCUACCUUCUUACCCUUAG